AUGUCGCGCGAUCAGCAACCCAUGAGUAUAGAGGCCAUGCUUGACAUGGAGCGUAGGGAAGUCCUCGCCUUGCUUGAGAACAGACCUAGGCCUCGUGCUGAGCCUUCCAUACAGGGCGCCAUGCGAUCUGCCUCUCCUUAUUCCACUCCUCGAUCCCCCGUUCGGAGUAUGUUAGAUAUCGAUGGACAAACAAACCCAGGCUCUCCCCGCCAGGCGCCAGUGCGGAGUAUGCUCGACACAACUUCUCCUCCUCCGCCAAGAGUCAGAAGCAUGCUGGAUUACGACUCGCCUAUCCCUGGCCCGUCAAGGCCUUCCGGUACUAGCACAACACCUAACUCCCCAGUCAUGACGAAAGCUAGCCUUGCGCCCGUUAAUGCUUCACACACCCGCAGCUUCUCAGAUGCUUCGUCAAACCCUGUUGAAUUUGGACCUCGAGCAAUUGGCGCCCGCAACAACGACCCUACCUCGGGCUAUCAAUUCUCGGACAUCAUUACACGCAACACAGGCCAGCAAAUGCCCAAGAGAAAUACUCAGGGCGGUAAGAAGCCAUCUGGAAAUGCUUUGAGCGAAGCAUUGCGUAACGCCGAUCUCAGCGGCUUGACAAUUCCAGGCGAGAGUGAACGCAAGCGCUCUUGGUUUAGCAACAGCGGCAGCGGUAGAAAGUCCAAGUCUCCCCACAAUCGUCUGAACUCAAGAUCCAGAUCACCACACGUCACACAAAUGCUGUCACCUGGUACAGCUAUGCUUGACGAUGGCACUGUUGUGGAUAUUAGCAGUGCUUACCGUCGGUUAUCCGAUGCUAAUCUGGCGUACUCUGGGGGUAGUUUGUCUACGCUGCCAAUGCGCAAACGGGAAGAUAGCCAGAAUGGCCGAAUGGUGAAGGACUACCUGAGCCCCGAUGGCGAACACCUCGGUUCCAGUGAUGAAGACGAACCAUACUCAUCCGAUGACGAAGAUCGCGGUCGUAAGAAGGACCCCCGGUCACUUAACCCUGCUGUGACAGGUGAGUCGGCAGGUGAUGCAAACAAGGACCGCCGGAAAUCUUUGAGUCUUCUUGCCGCAGCCGAGGAAGAGCGGACGACUGUAGCAGCGAAGCAACCUGGAUACCGUUCUCUAUUUGACGAGCCAGAAAUUAAGGUCACUACCCCCUUGGGCGAAAACACUCGACUCAAUAAGGGUAGCGGUAUACAUCCUAAGACAGCUUAUGACCAGAUGUCAACAGUUGCGUCGGCAAACGAUUCAGACGAAGAGGCAGAUAUGGACGAUAUCAAAAGGGCUCAAAAUCUAUCUUGCUCGAUGUCGAAUAUCAUCAACACCCCAGAGUCUCAUCGAUCUAUCCGCAUGAUUUACCGAGGCGACUAUACUAAGAUUGCCCAACAAGCCGAAGAUGAGCAUCACCGAUUGCGAAAGUAUCUCGUUGCAUCAGAUUUAAGUGACGAGUCGACACAUGCGCUUGAAUGGGCUAUUGGUACGGUCUUGCGUGAUGGUGACACUCUGAUGUGCAUCUACUGUGUAGACGAGGAAACUGGCAUUGGUGGGAUCGACAACCAGGUGCCAGACGAUCCAAAAGCUAUGAGAGAGCAGGCUGCUGCUAUUAACACGGUCGCCAAUUCGAAAUCAGCUGCGCCUUCGAUGUCUGCAGUGCCGGAUUUCGUACGCAACACUAUUCGAGGUGAUUCUUCCAAGAACAACACUCCCAACACUUCGCCUGCUCCAUCAAGUCGGGGAGAACGAGGUAGAGCAGAAGAAGAGCGCCGCCGAGCAGUGAAGGAGAUCACCGAUAAAGUACUCCGACUGCUGCGAAAGACGACUCUUCAAGUGAGGGUCAUUGUGGAAGUACUGCAUUGCAAGAACCCAAAGCACCUGAUAACUGAGGUGAUUGAUCUCGUCAACCCAACUCUUGUCGUCAUAGGAAGUCGAGGAAGAAGUGCACUUAAGGGUGUUAUUCUGGGAUCAUUCUCCAACUAUCUCGUAACGAAGAGUUCCGUCCCUGUAAUGGUGGCACGGAAACGUCUCCGGAAGCAGGGCAAGUACAUAGGCUUGAGGCCAGUGAAUAAUCUUAGCAACCCAGCAGCUCGAAGUUUGGCCAAUGCCAAGAUCGAUUGA